GCCACCCCUCUCGUCACUGCGCGCCGUCUGCAGGAGAUUGAUCGUCGAGAUCGAUGGCCGUCGUCAUCGUACCCUCCAUCUUCUCCUUACCCCUGAGGACGCCACAUGUGCGCCACUGCGGUUGCGAUCCCGAUCGCGAUCGCGAUCGCGGCGGUGCUGCGGCUGGCGCAGCUCUCGUCAGCGGCUUCCGCCUCUUCCCUCUUGCAUUCUUUCCUCCCCGACCCAGACGAGCUUCUCGGAUGCUGUCCGUCAGAUUCCAGGCUCAAUCUCCAGUGCUGGACCCCUCGCGCAUCUCUCUGCCUACACCGAUCCCGUCGAGCCAUGGCGCUCCAACAAACUCCUACCUGCACCUGCAAUUCUCGCCGGACACCUUCCAUUACGAGAAGGAGGAGGAGGAGGAGGAGGAAGGAGGAGGAGGAGGAGGAAGGAGGAGGAAGGAGGAGGAGGAGGAAGAGGAGGAAGGAGGAGGAAGGAGGAGGAGGAAGGAGGAGGAAGGAGGAGGAGGAAGAAGAAGGAAGGAGGAAGGAGGAGAAAGAAGGAUGGAGGAGGAGGAAGAAGGGGUGGAUGGCGAGAUGGGAUGGAGGGAUGGAUGGCGAGAUGUGAUGGAAGGAGGAAGGAGGAGGAGGAAGGAGGAAGAAGAUGGGGGAAGGAGGAGGACGACGAAGGAGGACGAAGAAGAAGGAAAAAGAAGGAAGAAGGAGGAGGAAGGAGGACGGAGAAGAAGGACGAAGGAGGAGGAUGAAGAAGGGAUGGAUGGCGAGAUAACAAUUCGCACAUCUCCGCCGUAUUGCUGGACACAUGCACAGAACAGCCACAAAGUCAGGAAGAAAAAGGCAAUGCAGUUUGCCGACCGGUCGGCAGACCGCCUACAGGGGACAAUGACGGGUCCAUCGAGAGGACGAGGAAGGGGUCGUGGCCGGGGGUAUGGCGGGAAUCAAAACUACUCCCAGGGGUAUGGUGGGAAUAACAACUACCCACAGCAGCAGCAAUACCCGCAGCAACAGCAAUACCAGCAGCAACAGCAGCAGCAGAGACAGGGAGUUGUGGUUGCUGCCCCUGCUUAUCAGGCUCAGCAAGCAGUCCAAGUGUAUUAUCCACCUAACCACUCGUACCCGACUGGUGCUCCAAAUGUUGUCGCGCCACAUGUGAAUGCUGGGGUUGCUGGCGCAGGAAAUGGCGGUGGAGGGGGGCUCACGUACAGGGCGAAAGGACCUGUGGCUCAAGCUGGAGGAAGUGGACGUGCACCACAAGCUGAGGCUUUGCAGGGCGGAGCCGUCAUCAGAACCAGGAAUGCUCCAGGACCAGGGAGAGGAAAUCCUGGAGCAAAUGGUCACCAGCCACAGGGGAUGAAUGGCCCCUCGUCAUCGGCAGCUGCACAGCAGGCGGCAGCUGCUGCAGCCCAGGCAUUAGCAGGUCGGGGUCCUGUUGCAUCUGGUCCUAUCAUGAACGUACCGCAAGGAGGAGCCAUGACUGGUCCUAUCAUGAACAUACCACAGGGAGCAGGGAUGGCUGUCACGUACCAGCCACAGACACAGGUGCAGAGAUCAAGGAGGAAGGUGACAGCGGCCAAGUCUGUUUUCCGGGCGACGUUCUAUCCGAAGUUUGAGAAUGAAAAGUCGGACCAGGAGAUUCGAACAAGGAUGAUAAAUGCAGUGGCCACAGGAGGAGGUGUGCUUGAGGUCUCUUUGAAACACUCAGGCUCCCUAUACAUGUGGUCUGGAGCACACUGUGGAGCCUUUGCCAAAAACAGUUUUGGUAACUUGUAUACAGCAGUUGGAGUCUAUGUGCUUGGCAAAACACUUGAAAAUGCUUGGGGAGCUGAUUACCUAAAGAAGCAACAGGAGCUGUCAGAUGCGGUCGAGAAUAACAGGUUAGCAAUUUGCAUGGAGCUGGUGACUGCAGUGCUUGGUGAUCACGGGCAGCGGCCAAAGGAGGACUAUGUUGUUGUGACAGCUGUGGCUGAUUUGCAUUCACGUCCUCGGUUUUACUCCACUGCGGAGGUUGUGGCUUUCUGUCGACAGUGGCGUCUUCCCACUAAUGACUAUUGGCUCUUCUCCACCAAGCAAUCAAUUAUGCAGUACUUUGCAGCAUUUGAUGCUUUGUGUGAAGAAGGGACGGCCACACCUGUGACCAAGGCGCUGAACCAAGUUGCAGAUGUCAGUGUCGCAGCUCAACGAAGUCACCGAGACUGUCAGGGUGAGAUUUUGGAAGGUUUGGUCGUCCGGAUUGUUAGCCCUCGGAGUGCACAGAAGAUGAUGGAGGUAGUUCAGAAGUUUCCACUCCACUCGCAAGAGGUUUUUGGUGCUCACGGGUUGAGAGAGAUUUGCGCCAUGAACAGAGCAAGUGAGAAAGCGAUCCAAAGGGCUCUUCUGGAAGCAGUUGGCCCGGUAAUGGCCCCAGACAAGACGGAUUGGUUUCCUGGGAGCCAGCCCCCUUUUGACGAGAACGAGGCAUUUGGUGUGUUCUUAAAUGCACCUGCAUUGGACUAUCCGACGGCGAAGUUCCAGGAAAUGAUUCGCACUAUUAAGGGAAAGCGGCUGCAGUGUCGAUUUAAGUGCAAGGCGCGAUGGCCGUCUUCGUCUGAGCUGGGAGAGGCAUCAUCUCAACAGCUGGGUGAACUGCAGAAGUACAGAAUGACUGUUCAUGUUUUCCAGGACUUCGCCUUCAGACGGUAUUCAGCGGAGAUGAGGAACAAUCCAGAGCUAUGGCCACUCUAUCGAGGCUUCUUUGUCGACAUUUCACUAUACCGUGGUGGGAAGACUCCUCCACCAAGUGCAUGUGAGAAACCUGCAGAUGCUGAUGAUCACAUACUGAGCAGUGCGCUAAGUUUGCUUAACUUGGAGGAUGAAGAAGAUGCAUUGGCGGAUGAUGUCGAGCACCUGAUGUUGAAGAUGAAGUUCCUCCCAUACAAGCUCCGUACAUUCAUGAUAAGAAAUGGGCUCGAAGCAUUGUUCACGCAAGGACGAGAAGCAUACCGGAAGCAUUAUCAGCGGGCGGAUUACAUUACUCAGAAGCGAGGGAACAAGAUGCUUCCGGAGCACACAUUCUUGAACGAGGCUGAACCAUUCUUGAAGAGGUAUGCUGCAAUGAGUGAAAAGAACAGCAGAUUCGUCGGAGCAACACAGGAUAUUCUCAUCAACCCAGAGGACUGGAUGCCUGCGGAUCUGAGAGAUGAGGAUGCGCUCAAUGAGGGUGAGGAGGAGGUUCUUGCAGCAGACGUCAGUGUAGCCGAGGAGUCAAAGAGGAAACUUCUGAAUCGGGAGGGCAUGAUCAUCUUCUUUCCAGGCAUUCCUGGUUGUGCGAAGUCUGCUCUCUGUGAGCAGUUGGUGGAGCGUGCUCACCGGGAUAUUGCAGGAGAUCGUCCAUUGUUCAAUCUAAUGGGUGACUUGACGAAAGGAAGGUAUUGGAAAGUUCUUGAACAAGAGCGGAAGAACAAGAAGUCAGCAGUCUGGCUUGCAGACAAGAAUGCACCAAACAGGGAGGUCUGGGAACAGAUUGAGAAGAUGAUGUCAGCCACGAAGUCGUAUGCUAUUCCUGUGGUACCUGAUUUUGAAGGGACGGAUUGCAAUCCUUUCACACUCGAUGUGCUGGCAGUCUUCACGUGGAGAGUUCUGCAACGCAAGAACCAUCCGGGAAAUCUUGAUGGAGAUGCACCCAGCCCUGGUUAUGUCAUGCUUAUGUUUUACAUGUUGUAUGAUGGAAGGGAUCGCGCUGAUUUCGAACAAGACCUUCUCAAACGGUUUGAUUGCCUUGUCAAGAUGCCAGUACUGAAGCAAGACCGGAAGCCCAUGCCUGAGACGAUCACGAAGACAUUUGAUGACGGCCUGGUGCUCUAUGGACGCCAUACCACAAAACAUGGACGGUAUGUGGAAGCUUUGGGUGGAAGCUUGAAAGAUGAAUGGAUUGCGUGGGAGGCGAGGUUGAAGGCCGUGCUAAAGGAGCAUGAGGAGUAUAUUAUCUCCAUCCAGGUGCCAUUUGAGGAGAUGGUAGAGUCAGUGAAGACACAGAUAUUGCAGAUCUUGUCUGGAGAUUACAAGCCACCUGCGGUGGCAGUGUCACCAGCAUCACGAGCAAUUCAGCUUUCCUGCAUUCAUGUGGUGCGUGAUGAAGUGAUGAGUGCAUUGGAGAAGCUGGCAUCUGAAAGUGAGGCAUACCGGAAGUUCGCUGAGGGCAAGAACCUGGAAAGCAGAGUGGGCCAGGUUCAUGUCACACUUGCCCACAAGAAGCAGCAUGGUGUGACGACGGUUGUGGGGUACACUGCUGUGGCGGGAACCUCGAUGAAGAUCCAGUUGGUCGCAUUUUUGUUGAAUGAGCAGCUUGCAGCAUGGGAGGUGGACUGGGCGGAAGAGUAUAAGAGCAAAGGGAUUGUAUCCAAGAACACAUUUCCUCACAUCACGAUCUGGUAUGGAGCGGGUAUGCGACCGAAGGAUGCAAACAGGUUGCCAGCUCUUGUUGCUGCAGGUCAAGCACAGCGUGUUGUUCUUUCGUCACCAAUCCCCAUCUCUGGGAAGGUAGGGUUUAUGUGAGGUGUAUAUGCAGUCCAUGCGAUGAGCGAGGAUCUGACAUCCAUCGACAUUGCAUUGGCGCGGGAGUCUCAAGGUUUUCGGGCUGAUGGGCUGAAUUUGCUGCCAGGUUCAGCGAACAGCUGUAGUUAGUUAGGACUCAGGAGGAUCAUUACCCACAACCACCUUUUUCGAUCAAUACACACGUGCACAGGAGAAGGGGAGAGAGAGAGAGAGAGAGAGAGAGAGAGAGAGAGAGAGAGAGAGUCACCCUUCGCACCAUGGUUGAGUUCCUGAUUCUUGUGGUGCUGGAGAGCUCUCGUAGAGAAAGGGUUUUUUGCAGAGGCUUUUGUAUCACUUCUGUCUAAGAAAAAUAAGAUUUGGUUUGAGGAUGAGCCUUGAUGGACGUAGCCGCGGCUCAUUGGGCCCCUCGUUCAGCAUCAUGUGAGAUGGGAGCUGCAGUCGAAGUGUGGAGCGAGUUCGCCUCUCUGUCUAUAGAAAGCAAUGCGUGUGUGUACGUGUUUAAGGCCCCAACCACAGAGCCUCAGAGCAUACUCGCUCUAGGACUAACGUAUCUGACCGGUACUUGGGACCGAUCUGGACGUAUCUGACUGCCAUUACGUCAAGUUCUACUGUGGAUGUGUUCUCUGAAGUGGCCAUAACAGCAGGUGGAGGUGAUGGAAAAGACCAAUUUGCUCAGAAUACCCCCUCUGCCUGUCACAUGUCAAGUAUUCUUUCCCUGUAGGUUUGAUUUGAAUUUUGAACGGAAAUAAUGAGUAAAGAAUGUCCUGUGUGUUACACAUACACCUGAGAUGAUUUGAUCAGAAAACGACGAGUAAGAAUGUCCUGCCUGUGUCCCGUGUGUCACCUAUACACCUGCGAUUAGAUAUGUGUGAUCCGAUGAUGUGGCCGUAAAGAAGGAAUUUCUGACUUCAAGUUUCCUGCCUUUUUUUUCAGGGUAGUUUCGGCGUAGGAUUAUCAAGUUGAUAUGUAGAAAAGAAAGCAACACAAAAGAGUCACUGGCUGUGUGUGUGUGUGUGUGUGUGURKAGAGAGAGAGAGAGAGAGAGAGAGAGAGAGAGGUGGGUGUAAUUGAUUUGUGAGGGAUGACGGGUGCUCAGACUCGUGGUAGUUGGUUGGAAAGGUAGUGAACGGAUGCGCCUAGGCACGGCUAGCUCGAUACGUGUUGUGUUGAAACGUGACCUUGUUGUGUGUGUAGAAGUGGGAUUGGACAUUCAUUGUAGAGUGCAAGUUUGUGCUAGAAAACUUUUCUUUUUUUUUCUCUUGUUCUUUAAGACCUUGAAUCAUUGGUACGUCAAAUGAUUUUGUGAAAGCAAAGGAGGAAUGAUUUUUUGAAAGCGAAGGAGGGAAUGAACGAUUUCAGAGAUG